GGCCGUUAUUACAAUAUUACUGGUGAUGUUCUUCUCAGCGCUGGAGUGGUCGCAUACCUGGGAGCCUUUACAGUUGAAUUUAGAGCUGGAAUACAAGAAGAGUGGAAUAAACUCUGUAUUGAACUAAAGGUCCCAUGCUCUGAGCAGUUUCGUAUCGCUGAUACUCUUGGUGAACCAAUUAAAUUUCGCCAAUGGAAUAUUUGUGGUCUGCCAAUCGAUGCCUUCUCUACGGACAAUGGGAUAAUUGUAACCAAUUCGAAUAGAUGGUCACUCUGUAUUGAUCCACAGGGUCAAGCAAAUAAGUGGAUUAAGAAUAUGGAAAGAGAGAAUAAACUCUCCGUGGUUAAGUUAACGGACAGCAAUUACUUGCGUCUGCUGGAAAAUGCGAUUCAGUUCGGUACGCCAAUACUCCUUGAGAACGUUGGAGAGGAGCUUGAUCCGGUACUUGAGCCAGUGCUGCAGCGGAUGGUCUUCAAAAUGAAUGGCAUUGAUCACAUUCGCCUAGGUGAUAGCGUAAUUGAAUACAACAAAAACUUCCGCCUCUAUAUAACUACACGUCUCCGUAAUCCGCACUAUCUACCAGAGGUCUCCGUUAAAGUUUGCUUACUAAACUUUAUGAUCACACCACAGGGCCUUAGUGACCAGCUUUUAGGCAUUGUAGCCGCAAAGGAAAAGCCAGAAUUGGAGGCUACCAAGAACCAGUUGAUCGUGGAGAGUGCCGAAAAUAAGCGUCAGCUGAAGGAGCUUGAAGACAAAAUAUUAGAAGUUUUGAGCGCUGCACAGGGAAAUAUAUUGGAAAAUGAGACAGCCAUAACUAUUUUAAGUUCUUCAAAGCAGUUGAGUGAGGUCAUCACGGAGAAGCAGGCUGUAGCCGAGUAUACACAAGUAGAAAUCGACGCCACUAGAAAUGGUUAUACACCAGUGGCUGAACAUGGCUCCAUACUAUUCUUUUGCAUCAGUGAUCUGGCUAAUAUUGAUCCAAUAGGAAAAAUAGAUGAGUCUUCUUGGCGUUUCCUAUUAACGGGUGGCGUUGCACUUGAAAACCCUCAUUCUAACCCAGCUCCUAAUUGGCUUUCCGAUAAAAGCUGGUCAGAAAUUGUACGUGCAUCAGAACUAACUCAGUUAGAUGGUCUUUAUCAAGGCCUUAGAAGCCGCCUCACCGAGCAGAGCGCCUAG